ACUGACGUGACUGUUGUUUGCAUAAACGGGUCAUCUUAAUUGUGCCAAGGUAAUCUUUAAAAUGACUUUCGUGCUACUAAUUAUUUGACGGUCAGUGAUUUUAUGAGGUAAAAAUGUUUGUCAAAAAGAGUACAUUUGUAAACCUAACGUAUUGAAAAAACGCUCUAUAUGGAUCAUUCACUGAACGAUUUUGGAAUGCACAAUUUAUUUCUCCAUGUUUCAAAUAUGUUGCUAAAUCUAUAUUUGGAAUGGUAUUUUGAUUUGAAUGUUGGAAGCCGUCCUGCAAACGGAAACCACGCCACCUGACGGCAAUGCUUGGUAAUAUCCGUAGUAAAACAACCAUCCAGGAAGUUUGAACCGAAGAAUAAGGUUAGAGCAAUAUAGCACCGUUUCAGCGAUCGGACGACACUCAGGUCUGCGAUAGAGACCGACCACACGACCAGCGUCUGAUCGUGCCUGUGCAGAGGCAAAUUUAAACGCUGUAAGAGACCAAAGGGCGAAAGACGGAAGCUUGGGCAGAGCGGUGCUAAUGAAUAAUCUAAACUCAAGACACUAAAGACCGGUGGAGUGAACCAUUCACGAUGUCCGCCAACGCGGGGGACCUCUGUAACGCUACCGCGCAAAGGAAGCCGGAGGCUUUACGCGAACUAAAACAGCGUCGGCGUCGGAGCAGAGAAGGCGCGAAGGAGAACCUCUACGGGACCCCGCAAAGGACUUUCAGUCUCACCCCUCGAAUGCGUCCCGUUACACCGCUGAUCUCGAGGACCCAGGCAAAUCUAAUGACGUCAAGCUCAGAGUCGAGUCAAAGGUUAUCCGAAAAGGCUGUCAGUCCCAACCUUGCCAAUCUGAGAAUGACUCCAGGCCCCAGUUUGCAGGAGAGACAGAGGCAGCUGCAGGAGAAACACCAGCGAGCUAAAGAGAGCCUGGACAGCCUGGCGGUGGGAGGCGGGGUUAGCAUGUGGCCGGAGAUGGACCGCAUGCGGCUGACCGGUCAGGAGGGCGUCACGUUGGGGCUAGGGUGCGUGACCGUGUCCUUCAGCGUCUUCCUCAUCUUCAAAUAUUUACAUGGGUCUCUGCUGCUCAGUGUGCAUAGGUACACGGUGGCGGUAAAUGGCUUCACCGCGGCACAUCCGGUCCACCACGGACCCCAGAGUGCGCUGAACCACACCCUGCUUGUGUGGCACACCCACUUCCUCCAUCUGCAGGACAGCAUAAAGAAGCAGUUUGAGACUCAGCUGCUGCAGACACACGGCACUUAUCAGCUCUACCUGCUGCUCUACAUCGGUGCGAUAGGCACUCUGCUCUACUACCUGGCCGAUAACGUCAUCCAGAAGAGCCGCCUCACCCCCAGAAGGAUUAAGAUGUGGGUUCUGCUGCUGGUUGCCACGGCGACCUGGACCCUGCUGGUGCUGCGGUUGCUCGUGUGGUACCAGCGCCUGGAGAACGCCGUCGAGGAGACGGUCCGCGGGUUUCAGGAUGAGCUGGCUCAUCUUGCGACUUUGGACCUGGACCUGAGAAUGUACCACAACAUCGCCACCUACUGGCAAGCGAGGUGCCUGCCGCCACUGAGCAGGGGUACACUGACCAUUUUUGGGGUGCUCCCAGUGCGGGACUUGUUCUUCUACCUGCAGUACUACAGUGUGCCUGUCCUCACGGCCCUGUGUACCCCUGUGCUACAGCUGCUGCUUGCUCUGAAGGAGAUCUAUGUGGACCCCCCUACCAGGGAGAGACCACUUCCUCCAAAACUGAGGAAAGAGACUGAGUCACUAAUUGGGAGAGACCAUGUACCCCAAACUAAUGGGGGGGGGACAGUUCACUGAGUUGGAGAGGUCACUUGUCCCAGAACUAAGGGAGGAGAUAAAACACAAAUCGGGGGAGACCAUUUACCCAGAACUGAUGGAGGGCGGCAACACAAGUCACUGAGUGGGAGAGGCCAUUUACCCAAAACUCAGGGGGUGCUCACAGCAUGGUUACGGGUUUCAUAUAAUCUUUUAUGUAAUCUACAGAUAAUCAGCCAUGGCUCCUGGUGUUGUGGUGUGGGGUUGUGUGUUUUCUGAUGUGAGAUGUUUGUAUUAAGGGUUUUCCGAUUAAGCUGAUUGCACUGCGUUGGUCAUGUUCAUGGGUCAAAGUGGGAGUAAAAUCUCAUGAUGUGGCACCCCGGUGUUUUGCCUGUAACAGCUCAUCUAGGAUCAGUUCACCCAAACAUGGCAAGCCCCAGUCCCAGCCACGAUGGCACUAAGGUAACUGAUUCAGGACCAGUCCUUGGGUAGCGAGUCUGUCCCGGAGCCAGAGUGAGCGGGGGUGUGGGGGGGCGACGGCAGGGGGCGGGGCCCUGGACUGGGCCCUCCUUGGCGGGGGCAGGGCUGUGCAUGUCUGCAGGCGGACGAUGAGGCUACGCAGUUCUGCGUUGAAGCUGCGCAGCUCCGAGUUCUGCUGCUCCACUUCCUGCCUCUCCCUCUCCGCCUCCUCACGCUCCGAUUGGACAGCCUCCAGAAGCUCCUCCAUGUCCCUCACCCUGGACACCAGAGAGAGACCUCAUCCUCGGGAAUUACUUUACAUUUACGCUUAUGUGUUUCGGUGUGUGUGUGUGACUGUGUCUGUGUCUGUGCGUGUGUGUGUGUGUGUGUGUGUGUGCGUGCCUGUGUGUGUGUGUGUGUGUGUGGUUGUGUGUGUGUGUGCGUGCAUUUGUCUUAUCCAGAGUGACGUAUGUAAGCCAUUAACCUUCCAGAACUGACCGGAACGCACUUUACUAGGAGUGUUGAAAGAAAUCAGAAAUUCUCAGAAACAACCAGAAGGAACUUGACUGGAAUGUUCUGGAAUUGGCUGCGCUGAAUGUGCCUUCACAUGUUCCCAAAAAAACAACUGUAUGAGCUCAAUUAAAAAUUAUUCAGGGUUAUCA